AUUUCAAAUACAAGAAAAAAAAAAUUAAAGAAUUUGCAAAACAUAUUUGAAAGUAUAAAGCAUAAGUUUUGAUUUGUGAAAAAAAUAUAUUGUUUUGAAAAACCAAAAUUUUAUGUCAUAGUAAAAAAAAAAAUACUGUGCUAUAAUUAAGUAACUUAAAAUUUUAUACACGGCGCGAAACUCAUUAAUUGCGCAUACGCCGCGAUGGCCGUGUCACGCAAGCGUUUCCCGCUAAUGGAAUCGCGCAUGCGCAAGCCGUUAGCGACACUCCUGCUAAUGCACACGUUUGUACUUAGCGUUAACGCUCUAAACACAGCUGUUUCUAAAGAUCUAGUUUGUCGGAUCAUCACAGCAAAUCAGUAUGCCUGCGAGCGUCAUUUGGUGCGCACUGCAGAUGGCUAUGAGCUGAUGCUACAUCGCAUUCCGCCAAAAAAUACUACGAUAAGCCAGCAAUAUCCUCCCUUCAUACUUAUGCAUGGCCUGAUUGGCUCAGCUGCUGAUUUUGUGCUAACUGGUCGCAAACGUUCGCUCGGCUGCAUACUGCAUGAGCAGGGCUACGAUGUAUGGCUGCCGAAUGCACGCGGCAACACCUAUUCAAAGCGGCAUUUACACAUGGAUUCAUCGAAUUCGAGCUUUUGGAACUUUAGUUGGCACGACAUUGGCUAUUAUGAUGUACCGGCUGUUGUGGAUUAUGUGCGCGAGACGACGGUACAGCAGCAAGUGCAUUUUGUCGCACAUUCGCAAGGAUCUACUGUGUUCUUUGUAUUGCUCGCGGAGCGGCCAGAGUAUAAUGAGAAAUUUGCAUCGGCAUCAUUGCUGGCGCCAGUGGUAUUUUUGGCAAACAUACGCAGUCCACCGUUUAAGAUAAUGACAGCCAAACUUGAGGAAAUUGAGGUGCUUCUAAAUCAUUUGGGAUUAUACGAACUUUUUCCAUCGACCGCCCUAAAUCAACUGGGUGGACAUCUGCUCUGCAGCCAAGAUGCGCCCACAUACAAUCUCUGCCUGCUGUUUACGUUUCUCACGGUGGGCUUCAGCGACUACCAAAUGGAUCGUAAUCUGCUUCCACGCAUUCUCGAGACGACUCCAGCUGGUAUAUCGAAAAAUCAAUUCAAGCAUUUUGGCCAGCUUAUAAGAACAGGUAAAUUUCAAAAAUUUGACUACCAAUCCAAGGACGAAAAUUUGCGACAGUAUAAACGUCAAACUCCGCCAGAGUAUAAUUUACGCAAUGUGCGUGUACCGCUGCACCUAUUUGUCGGCACACGUGAUUUACUACUAACCAAAGAGGAUGCCAUACGUCUCACGAAAGAACUGAAGAAUACCAAAUAUACGUUACAUGAAUUGCGCGGCUUCAACCAUAUAGACCUAUUAUACUCUUCUAUGGCGCCACGUUUGAUUUACAAACACAUUCUUAACAAUGUAAAAAAUGUGACGCCCGUCAGCGUAUCCAGAGCGUUAUAGGGAACACUUGUAGUCGAUAAAAAAUUGUUAGUUGUAAGCUUAAGUGCUUGACAAUACAUUUAUUAGCAUAUGAUAAUUUGGAAACUAAGUCAUAUUUGUAACAAAUAAUUCUAAAUAAACAUAACGUAAAAUAAUAACCAA